AUGCGCUCUGGGGACUUGCUUGUUGAGGUUAAUUCUCGGAAGCAAGCCCAGCAGAUACAAAAAAUUAAAAAUUUAGCUACAAUACCGGUUACUGUUAAUCCACAUCAAUCUUUGAACACCUCUAAAGGUGUGAUUACCUGUGGGGAAUUGCUAAAUGUUCCCUUGGAGGUAAUUAUUGCAGAAAUGAAACCGCAGGGCGUCACGAAUGUUCGCCGCAUCACUCUUCGGCGUGAUGGAGAACUUCUGGAGACAAAACAUCACAUUUUAACGUUCAAUACACCUAAACUGCCAGAAUUUGCUUAUGCCGGCUACAUCAGACUACCAGUCCGUCCAUAUAUACCAAACCCUCUGAGAUGUUUCCAUUGCCAGCGCUUUGGACAUUCUAAAAUGAAUUGCCGCGGGUCAUUAACAUGUGCCCGUUGUGCAGGUAAAGGGCAUGACAGCCAGGAAUGUUCCGCACAGGAAAAGUGUGUGAACUGCAGUGGCAAUCACCCUUCUUAUUCUCGAUCAUGCCCGCGCUGGAUACUAGAGAAACAAAUCACUACUGUUAAGUUCAAAGAAGAUAUUACAUAUCCCGAAGCUAGGCGUAAGGUUCAAGCGCAAACGCCUACUCCUGAUUUACCUCUGAAAUUAAAAAAAUCAACCUCCAAUAAUUCCGUCGCUUUGGGAAUGGCGAUGCAGGGUAAUGUCCACAAGGAUUUAACAACGAUCUUUGGGGAUAAGUUGCAUAGCCCUGAUAUAAAAUUACAUCCCUCUGAGGAUGAAGAUGAGCUUGAUAUGAGUUGCGAUGAUCCGGCAACUCAGACUAAUGCCUCUGUUCUUUCUCCAGCCAAACAUCUCUCUUAA